AACCCCGGAAGAAGAGAAGAAGAUUCACUCGCUUCAGAAUAAAGGAAUGCCGUACAUCCCCUCCCACUCUCUCUCUGUAUUUCUCUCGCUUUGAAGCUUCUCCGUCCAACCCACCUUCCCGCAACAUUCCCCCAUCUCUCUCGGUCGAAUGAUCUUCGCGUCGUGGCGUCUCGUUCUCUGACUCCCGUUGUCCCUAAACAAGUUUUGUUCAGAAAGAUCCAUGGUCUUGGAGCAGUAUUUUGCUAAGGAAUGGAAAUCCACCUCAGGCAACGGUGACGCAAUUGAUCCAGGAAAUAGCAUCGGCUGCUUUGACUGCAAUAUCUGCCUGGAAUCUGCUCACGAACCUGUGGUCACCCUCUGUGGUCACCUAUACUGCUGGCCCUGCAUCUAUAAAUGGCUCCAUGUGCAAAGUGCAUCUCUUGCUUCAGAUGAGCACCCACAAUGCCCUGUCUGCAAGUCCAAGAUCUCACAUACAGCCAUGGUCCCCCUCUAUGGACGGGGCCAAUGCUCCAGUCAGCUCGGGCUCCAAGGGAAGUCUUCAAAUCGUGCUGUGGUCAUACCACCGAGACCAGCUGCCUGUGGAACUCGAGCUCUGGCAUCUACGGCAGGUCCAACCACUCAGCAGCUUCCGUAUCGAAACCCUUAUCAAAACCAACAUUUCUAUACUGGUCCUUUGAGCAGUUAUGAGGAUGAAGCUUCAUCAUCGUUGCUCAACUUUGGAAACACGAGCUCUCAGAAUACUACGGUGGGUAUGUUUGGCGAGAUGGUUUACGCAAGGGUGUUUGGCAACUCGUUGAGCUUGUAUGGUUACCCUCACUCUUAUCACAUUGUUGGGGCGCAGAGCCCCAGGUUGAGAAGGCAGGAGAUGCAGGCAGAUAAAUCACUGAACAGAGUUUCGGUUUUCCUUUUCUGUUGCUUCCUACUUUGCCUUAUUGUGUUCUGAAUAAGCUAUGCAGAUUUGGCCUAGCUAUUUAGCCUGCUUGUAAAGAGUGUGGUACCUCUGAAACUCCAUGCAUAUGUGAAGCAACCCGAUGCAGUAUCCUGAUGCUUAUCUUAUCUUGUCCAAAUUAGUUGGUUUUUGAAUGUUUGAGAGGACCGCAUAUCUCAGCCUGUAAAGGAGAUUAUAACAGUAAUGAGAAAUCAUAUUAUAUUUCCUUACCAGUUUGCUUCA